CUCUAAUACUAAAAUCUAAUCUUUCCCUUCAUCACUCACCAAUCAAACUCAAAAACUCUUGAUCAAAAAAAAAAAGAGAGAUCUUUAAUGGCGGCCAUGAACUCGAGUGUUCUCACUUGCAGCUAUGCAAUCUCCGGUUCCGGCUCAGUAGAGCUAAACCAGAAAGCGGGUUUGGCGAAUUCAUCGGUUGGGUUUGGUCAGAAGAAACAGAUGGUCAUGCCUGUGAUCAAAGCGCAACGAGUUGUUGGUGAUGAUGUUGAUGGAUCUAAUGGAAGAAGAUCCGCCAUGGUUUUCUUAGCAGCUACACUCUUCUCCACUGCUGCUGUUUCUGCUUCGGCAAAUGCUGCCGUCUUUGAUGAAUACCUCGAGAGGAGCAAAGCCAACAAAGAACUUAAUGACAAGAAGAGAUUAGCAACAAGUGGAGCAAACUUUGCGAGAGCAUUCACUGUUCAAUUCGGAAGCUGCAAGUUCCCUGACAAUUUCACUGGCUGCCAAGAUCUUGCCAAGCAAAAGAAAGUUCCAUUUAUCUCAGAAGAUUUGGCUUUGGAAUGCGAAGGCAAAGACAAGUACAAGUGUGGUUCCAAUGUUUUCUGGAAAUGGUGAAGAAGUUCGUUUGUUUUAAUCUAUUCUUAUAUAAAUCCAACAGUGUAUCUAUCUCUCUCUCUAUUCAUGAAAAUUCGGAAUGUCCAUUUGAAUUUAUCAAAGUUAAACUCUAUUGAGAGAGAUUAGGAAGUAUUA